UGGUCCUUGACGUCCUUGUCGUCACCGUCCUGUCACUUCAUCUUUUAUUUCACGUCCUCUCUCUCUACGAGGAGAAGAAGAGAAGAACAGAUAGAGGAAACGGGGAUAAAAAGAAAUUACACGUCGUCGACUCCGAAAUCAGUCCCUCAGUCCCUCAAACGGUCUUCGACUUCACACAUUCAAUCUUCGUAACCUAAUUUUAAAAUUUUAUUAAUUAAUUUUCUUUAUUUCUAAAAAGAGCAAAUCUCGAUUCCAAUCUUGAAAUGGCGAUGAAGCGAGUACCUGAUUGGCUCAACAGUUCGCUCUGGUCCACAACCCCCAGCGACGAUCGCCUCCACCGCUACUCCCCUUCUCCUACCACCACUACUACAACCUCCGCCGCCGUAUCCGAGCCAACUGUUCGGCCUCCAGUUCCAGUGCCUCCUCCCGCCCCGGCCUCAAUACCUCAGUCCACUCCUACUCCUCCGAAAUCCGAAAUCAGAGAUCCAGUUAAUAAAAAUAUUAACAACAAUAGCAAUGAUAACGAUCAAAACGGCGACUCUUCUGCCGUUUCUCCCGAUGAUAUCUCUCGCCAGGCUCAGCUCUUGGCCGAGUUGUCAAAGAAGGUGAUAAAUAUGCGGGAAUUACGGAGGAUUGCGUCGCAGGGGAUUCCUGAUGGUGCAGGAAUCAAGUCCACUGUGUGGAAGUUGUUAUUAGGGUAUUUACCACCUGAUCGUGGGCAAUGGUCGUCUGAAUUAGCUAAGAAAAGGUCUCAGUACAGGCAUUUUAAGGAGGAGCUCUUGAUGAAUCCUACAGAAAUCACCAGGAGGCUGGAGAAGUCCGGGGUUUGUGACAAUGAUAAGUCAAAAUCUGAAAGCAGUGGUUUGCUGUCUAGAUCACAUAUAACUCAUGGAGAGCAUCCUUUGAGCCUUGGGAAAAGCAGCAUCUGGAAUCAAUUCUUCCAGGACUCAGAAAUCAUAGAGCAGAUUGACCGAGAUGUGAAGCGCACCCACCCAGACAUGCACUUCUUCUCUGGGGACUCACAGCUUGCAAAGUUUAAUCAGGAUGCAUUGAAAAAUAUAUUAAUUGUAUUUGCCAAGUUAAAUCCGGGUAUAAGAUAUGUUCAAGGGAUGAAUGAAAUCUUGGCACCUCUAUUUUAUGUAUUCAGAAAUGACCCUGAUGAGGAAAUGGCGGCCGCUGCUGAAGCUGACUCAUUCUUUUGUUUUGUUGAGCUACUGAGUGGAUUCCGUGAUCAUUUCUGCCAGCAACUUGACAACAGCAGUGUGGGAAUUCGUUCCACAAUUACUAGGUUGUCACGGCUUCUGAAGGAACAUGAUGAAGAGCUUUGGCGUCAUCUAGAGGUCACAACUAAAGUCAACCCCCAGUUUUACGCAUUUAGGUGGAUUACUCUGCUAUUGACACAGGAAUUCAAUUUUGCUGACAGCCUUCACAUCUGGGACACGCUUCUAAGUGACCCUGAAGGUCCUUUGGAGACAUUGCUUCGGGUAUGCUGUGCGAUGCUGAUUCUCAUUCGAAGGCGCCUGCUAGCUGGGGAUUUUACUUGUAAUCUUAAGCUACUCCAAAACUAUCCCUCAGCAAAUAUCAGCCAUUUGCUCUAUGUUGCAAAUAAGUUGCGCACACAAGCCUCGGGCUAAAGCUUAUUUAACCAAGCAUGUCUCUUUUUGUACGUUCCCACUCAACCCUUUUUCCUUGCUUUCAGAAUAUAUAUGUAUAUAUAUACAUAGAGAAGGGAUUUAACUUACACAAAAAAAUUUUAUAUUUUUUUAA